AUGCAGAGAGUCUGUUCAUGGAAAUCUGUUUGGAAGCUAAAGACAUUUGAAAAUGAUCCUUUUUUCUUGUCUCAAUGGCAUGAAUUAUGGAAACCUCUACUAUUUUCCACCUAUUCAACUGUUGAGCCUCACAAUUCCAUCCGAAACGAUGGAGUCGGCACCAAACUGAACAAACCAGGAAAAGGGCUUCACCUUAUACACCUGAAGAAUGAACAAGAAUCAUCUGCAGAAAGCCAAAGUCAUGAUCAGGAUGAAUUUUCUGCUGAUGUCGAGAAACUAUACAGAAUACUGAGGAAGUUCCAUUCCAGGGUCCCAAAAUUGGAACUCGCCCUCAAUGAAUCUGGUGUUUCAGUAAGACCUGGGUUAUCCGAGAGAGUUCUUAACCGAUGUGGUGAUGCUGGGAACUUAGGAUACAGAUUCUUUGUGUGGGCAUCAAAAAAAACAGGUUACACUCACAGUUACGAAGUCUAUAAGUCCCUGAUCAAGAAUUUAGGCAAAAUGAGGCAAUUCGGAGCUGUUUGGGCCCUUAUAGAGCAGAUGAGGAAAGAAAACCCUCAACUUUUAUCCCCUGAGGUAUUUAUUAUUCUCAUGAGGAGAUUUGCAUCCACAAGAAUGGUAAAAAAGGCAAUCGAGGUUUUGGAAGAGAUGCCAAAGUACGGCUGUGAGCCUGACGAAUACGUGUUCGGGUGCCUUUUGGACGCCCUUUGCAAAAACGGCAGCGUAAAAGAAGCCUCUCUGCUUUUUGAGGACAUGAGGGAGAGAUUCGAGCCGACCAUAAAGCAGUUCACUUCCUUAGUGUAUGGUUGGUGUAAGGCGGGAAAGUUGAUGGAGGCGAAAGUCGUGCUGGUGAGAAUGCGCGAGGCUGGCUUUGAGCCUGAUGUUGUUGUUUACAACAAUUUGCUCCUUGGGUACUCGACAGCUGGCAAAAUGACGGACGCUUUUCAUCUUAUGCAAGAAAUGAGGAAAAAUGGUUGCGAGCCAAAUGCGGGCUCGUACACUAUCGUGAUCCAAGGGCUGUGCGCUCAAGAGAAGAUUGAGGAAGCUAUGAGGAUUUUUUCAGAAAUGGAAAAGAAUGGUUGCGAAGCUGACAUCAUCACGUACAGUACACUGAUAAGCGGGUUUUGUAAGUGGGGUAAGAUUCAGAGGGCUUACGAGUAUUUAGACGAGAUGAUACGAAAAGGGCACACGCCCAGCCCAUUGACAUAUCUGUACUUCAUGUUAGCUCACGAGAGAAAGGAAGAAUUAGAAGAGUGCUUAGAACUCAUAAAAGAGAUGCGGAAUAUCGGUGUAUCGCCUGAUUUAACUAUAUUUAACACCGUACUCCGUUUGUCCUGCAAACUGGGGGAGACAGAAGAAGGUAUGAAAAUUAUGAACAAGCUUGAAGAAGAAGAAGAAGAAGGCCUUAGCCCUGGUGUUGACACCUUUGUGAUAUUGAUCAACGGGCUUGUCGAGAACGGGCGUUUAAUCGAGGCGUGUGAUUAUUUCAAAGAAAUGGUCGAGAGGGGUCUUUUCUCCGUCCCACAAUACGGUGUUUUAAAAGACUUGUUGAAUUCUCUUUUACGAGCGGACAAUAAGCUUCAGCUGGCUAAGGAUUUGUGGAGUUGUAUUUUGAAUAAAGGGUGUGAACUUAAUGUGUACGCAUGGACGAUUUGGAUUCACGCGCUGUUUUCGAACGGGCACGUGAAGGAGGCAUGCUCUUAUUGUCUGGAUAUGAUGGAUGCUGGGCUUAUGCCUCAGCCGGACACGUUUGCUAAGCUCAUGCGCGGUUUACGAAAGCUUUAUAACAGACAAAUAGCGGCGGAGAUCACUGAGAAGGUGAGGAAGAUGGCCAAGGAUAGGAAUGUGACAUUCAAGAUGUAUAAAAGAAGGGGUGAGAGGGAUUUGAGAGAGAAAGAUAAGGCGAAGGACGACGGGAGAAAGAGAAGGGCCCGUAAAAGGAGGUGGGGAAGUAGAAGUAGAAAGGCUGACAGCUUUUGA